AUGCCCUUCAAGCCUAUCAGCAGUUCUCCAUUCACCAUCACUCCAGCCGAGCACGAGACGCAUCAACAAUCCACGCCUUCAUCUUUCGGAGAGAUGCAUGUCAGACCUCCAGUGCUGAGGACGUAUCUCGAAGAUGUCAGGUGCAGGAUCAAGCCUGCUCCCACGGACUUACACGCUACCGCCGGCGACACCUACGAGCAGGUCGGCACGCUUUGGGUCACAGACGAGUGAGUGCUUGCUGAGUGACUCGCUCAACGUCUCUGCGCUCAUCAUUCUUUCACUCUGUGGCAGAUCCCUCUCCUUCCUGACCGCUUCCUCUAUCGGUUGGACGCUCGACUACCCUACCUUGUCGCUGCAUGCCGUCUCACGCACUCUGCCUGAUGGAUUUCAGAGCGACGAGAGCGAAGAGGCGGGAUGUGUAUACUGUCAGACGGACGACGGUCUAGACGAGCAAGACGAUGCGGAAGGCGAAGAGGAAGAAGGUCUGCGCGAAAUGUGGUUAUUAACACCCGAUCAGAAUCAGCGUGGGUGGCUAGUAUCGUCAGGCGAUAACAUCUGAGGCCAUAUCCGCUCACCCUCAUCUCUCCUCCUUGAUCUCACAGUCGAGCCUCUCUUCGCAAGCCUCUCACGCGCUGCAUCUCUGCAUCCAUCUGUCCUCGAUGGAGGCGAAAGCUCGCAUCCGUUUGCUUCGCUGGGCGCUUUUGGCACAGGAUUAGCAAAUGGUGGAGAUCCUAGCGAUUUUGACGACGCAGAGGAGGAGGAGGAGGAAGAUGGCGGCGUUGAGCUCAACGAUGGCGGAAGAGUGAGGACUAAUGCUCGUUAUCGUCCUUACUGAAAUGCGAUGAAUCACCUCGCUGAGCGAAUUGAGCAUUUGUUGUGUCUCUUGCCCCUCAGAGGACACUCGAACGGUUGAAUGCGCUGUUGGAAGGUGAUCAGGCAGACCCUGAGACGACUCGCGUGACUCGCAAUCGAGCAUCUACCAGCAAAGCCGUCUUGCCGACCAAUUCUCUCAAUUUGACUGGCCUACCAGAAGUUUUCUUCCAAGAGCCAUCGCUAGUGGGCGGACUUUUGGAUCUUCUCCAUGCAUGCGGUUCUCUGGCUUCUUGGCACCCUCUGCCGUCAUUCGAAAGAGCAAUCGUGGUUUUCGAAGAGUGUGCGGGUGCUGCUCGAGCGAAAGAAGUCGUUGACGGUCUGGUGCUGCAAUACGAGCAAGAUGGCAAAGAGGCUGAUGCGAAUGUAGAUGCCGAGCGCUUGUUCGCAAGGCGUACAAAAGGCGUGUGAGUACAGAGACUUUUUCUCACUUCUUCUUUGCGCUCUGUGACCCAGAGGCAGCCAAUCUUAUGCUUUCUUACGCCUUGCGCGGACAGGCCAGCCAUCAGGGCCUAUUUUGGACCUCAGACACCCCUGUCAUACGAAGAAGCUUCCAAGCAUCUAGGCGUGCCCAUGACGGAUCGCAACUUUCUCAUCUCUCCACCAGGCUCGCCACCGGUAGGAUGGGAGCCGAUCGUGGAGGAUCCACCGAAUAGGGAUACAUUGGCCGAUGAUCUGAUCCGAGCUUUGGGGGCGCUGAGGGACUCGGGCGCCAAUGUUGCUCAAUGCGGCACAAGCGAGAUGGCUGAAGGGCAAGGUGAUGCUGAAAGCGUGUUGACCACGACGGUCUUGGAACCUAGCAAAGCUCCUGCACCUCCCAGGCAUCCACUGGCUCCGCACAAUGCAGCUAUGCAAGGCGAUGAGCAUGGAAUCAUCUCGGUGCCCGGAGUAGUGGUGGAAGAGGUGCAUUCGAGACCUAGUCCAAAUGGCCCAGGAACGCCCUCGACGGCUCAUCCUCAUAGCAUCACGAGCGUCAAGGCCACAAUCGAAAGUAUGAAAGGUAG